CAGCAUAAUGAAAUAUAUGAUAUUCCUUAUUAUAAAAUGAUGGAGAAAUACAUACGAUUUUUGGGACAAGAUCCACGCCAAAAAAAGGAAUCUAGAAAUAUUAUUGUAUUUAUAUUGGUAAUUAGUAUUGCAAGUAUUAUCAUUCCAACGACGCUUGAAUUAUAUACAUCGUUACGUAACAAGGAUAUGGACGGUGUGAUUGAGUGUAUACCGCAUUUUAUUGCAUCUUCAAUUAGUGCCGUUAAAUUAUUAAAUUUACAUUUCAACAGACAAAAUUAUGACAUAUUGCUUCAUUUUGUGACAAAAAAAUGGCAACAACUAAAAUCAACAUAUGAAUUGAGUGCUCUUGAUGAAACAAUCAUGCAAGGCAAAAGAAUGGCACAAUUGUAUCGAAAUACCUUAUUUUCUUUUCUAAUUUUGUUCUUGCUAGUUCCAUUAGUUUCUCCUAUUCUGGACAUUGUUCAUCCAUUAAAUCAAACU